CGGUUAACAUCUAAAUCCCACACCUCCAGAUUUAUUAAAUUUAAGGUGUAGUUGUAGACGAAAGGACGCGAGUUUUCAAUAUGGACAAUUACUUUUAUAUAGGUAGGUGGUCACUUAAUAAUUUUGUACGGAAACUGGAUGCUUACUGUUAUUUGCUUAUAGCUGUCUCAAUUACUUAUACAUAUCGCGUUACUUAAUAUGUGCGAGUGUUGCCGCGAGGGUUCUCGGGUUGCAGGGAAACGUUGCUUUGAUUUCAGUUAAAAUUAGCUACAAUCAAACUUUAUAUAUUUCUAGGACCGAUUGCUAACGAUAAGAUCUAAUUAUGUAUAAAACAUAAUGAUUGUGCUUUCUGUCCAAAAUAAUGUAGAAUUGAGCACCGCUGGCAACCCUAGCGGCAUUAGGUGUAAGAUGUUAUGUACCUGUUGCCCGCUCCUGAGUCUGUCCACUUAUGUUGCUACUUGCUAGUGUUAUAAUAUUUUACAUAAAAAAUGCAGGAUAUAGGGCAAUUGAAGCCAAUAUUAUCGUUCUACUAAUAUUAUGCUUCACUCUUCCCAGACCCCAGUAUACCUAUUUAGUAUUUAACACCUUCAUGGUGGGUAACGCAGACACAAUGAAUUUUCAAUUGUUAUGCGGCAGCCGACUCUCGACUCUGUUUUUUUUAUAGAAGAAAAGUUCUUGGGGGCAGGCAACAAGACAAUAAUGUAUGUGCAAUAACUACCAACGAGAUAAUGUUACAGUUACAGAGCGAUCAUUGUACACGACUUGGAAGAUACUAAUGCUUUGUAUGUACGUCUCGACUAUAUUACACUAUUAGCGUAAAACUAUGAUUUCGCACGCUGCAUUUUUGGAACGUAAAAUCCCGAAAGCAUUGAUUAUUUUAUACUGUAACAAUCCUAUAAUAUUAUCUAGAUUUUUGUAUAUUUUUAUGGAAUAUUUAGUAACGAAACGAUUUUAUGAAAUAACUGUACUUACAUCACGGGACAGUCUCUUUCUAAAUGUCCACGCUCACGCUUCGGACUGCUGCAACAGCUUUUUGAAAUGUGCAGAAAAAUUGAUGAAGAUGUAAUUACUUACUACCUAUAAAAUUAUAAGUCUCGGUGUAAUUAUUUGAAGUACAUUUAGUGAGUAGCGAGCUGAGUGUAACUAGUUUAUAUAAGGACAGGGACUCAUACAAAUGUAAUCAUAUGUAAUUCGUUUUAAUCCCUCUCUUUAUAUAAGCGAGUACCGUAUGUACCGUAUGGAGUACGUCGGUGUAAGUGUUAGUUCGUCCGGUGUACGUCGGUUUUUUACCCGCUUUUAUAAAUAAACGGCAUUGUAUAUUAUGUUCAUAAUAAACGACCCAAAGUAAUCGUGAUUUUGUUUACAUACCUACAAGAAAAUAUUGUCCAUGAAUACGUACGAAACACUUUCGAGACUUGGAAGAUUUUGCCAUCUAAAUAUAAUGAUAAAAAAUCCUUAGGAAUGCCAAAUUAUAAAUACAUGAAAAAUUUAAGCCGCUAGGCCGAUUUUGAUGGAAUUUUGUAUAAAGAGCAGGCACAGUCAAGAUUGAGAGCAGGCGAGCCCCGCUCGUUGGGCAGUGGCCUCAGACCCAUCACCCAGGGCGCUGUACGUGUAUCGCGGGUCGCGACCCGGCCGCCGGCGUUAUCUGCCCGCACUCCGCAGUAUCGUGCCGCGUGCGAGACUCGGCCCAGACACCACACAACUUACACGAUACUGUGGACAAUAUACAGUAGUCAGUAUACUACACAAAAUGCUGCGAGCCCUGCUGCUUCUGUGCUGCCUGCAAUCCGCGCUACUCAAAGAUGUAGAAGACCCUUCGUGGUGCGUGAUCGAUCUGAGCUGCGCGGAGUGCACGCCCGACAACAUGCCGCUGGUGACGUCCGCGCGUGCCGCCGACGGCACCGUCCGCGCCGCGCCAGGCGACGAGCUCGCGCUGUCGUGCGGCGCCGGCCGCUUCGCCGCCUACCCGCUGCGCGCCGACCUCACCGUGCGCUGCGACGCUGGCCGCUACCGCGUCGCGCACGACGCCGCCCUGCUCUCGCUGCUCGACCUCGGCUGCCAGGAGAACGUCUACGAGGACGUGCAGCACUCGGUGGAGCACUGCGGGCCGCCGCUGCAGGGCCGCUCGUACCAGCUGCGCGCGGGUGGCGGCGCGCGGCACCUGGCGGCGAUGUGCUACGACGCGGACCGCGCGCUGCCCGUGUUCGCGCGCGUCAGCAGCGCCGGCACGCUGCAGCUGGCGCCGCACGCGGACGCGCGCGCGCCUCUGUCACUGCUCGGCAACUUCGACCAGAUGUUCGACGCCGGAACACGUCACGCCGCCGAGCGCCUGUUCGCCGACGACGCGGGCCUGGCGCGCCGCCUGCGCGAGAUCAUGCGGCCGGAGCGCUUCGACUUCGCCGGGCAGAAGCUGACGGCGGGCCGGCUGCUGAGCCCGCUCUACUUCGACGACCAGGACGUGCGCGUCGCGGAGUUCGCGUCGAACAAGAUGGCGGUGUGGCGCAGCGUCGCGGAGGGCAACCUGGCGCACCUGCAGGCGGACGUGGCGGCGCUGCUGCGCGGCGCACGACGGGCUGGGCGCGCGGUGGACGUGUACGCGGGCACGAGCGGCGCGGGCGCGUUGCGAGCGGCGGGGGGGCGGCGCGCGCUGCGGCUGCGGGGGGCGCGGUUUCCGGUGCCGCGCUACGUGUGGGCGGUGGUGGUGGACCGGGCGGCGGGGCGGUCGCUGGCGGUGGCGGUGCUCAACGACCCGUUCGUGGCGGUGAGCGAGGUGCGGGAGGCAGUGUUCUGCGACAGUCUGUGCGGGCGCGCGGGCUGGCUGCGCGAGCUCCGGCGGCUGCGCGGGUACGAGGUACCGCUGUACGGGCUGGCGUUCUGCUGCUCGCUGCACAACUUCACGGUGCCGGAGCUGCCGAGCGCCCUGCUGCAGCACGUGCGCCCCGGGGCCGAGGGCCUCCUCACUGACUUCUACACGUAAAGCUUAACUAUAUAGUUUGUUCCCUAAGCUUAUUAAAAUAAGUCUCUAGUAUUGAGAAAUAUACUCCUAUUAAUUAUAACUUCGUUCCAUCCGGGCACUGACCUCCAUUAUACAAGUACGCUGGACUUACCCUUUGAAAUAACUGCUGGUUUUUGUGCCUAUUUAUUGUUCCGAGUAUUUGAAGCGAAAUCAGCGCCCCCAAUGCGGGGGAAGAGAACUAAAUUUGA